AUGAUAAACUGCAGGAAAAUUUGUCAGCACUGCAAGUGUCCUAGGGAAGAUCACAACAUCAUUGAGGAUGAUGCUCGCACAGGAUGUAACGUAUACUUAGGAGAGGCUAACCAUUCUGGCCUUCCGAGUGAUGAUGAUAGUGGUUGUGCAUUAGAUGAAUAUGCAUGGGUUCCACCAGGGCUAAACCCUGAGCAGGCAAGUGGAGUUAAUCUUGAAAGGUUGUCCUAUCUACAUGUCCUAUUUUUGAUUAGAAGAAUAUCAUUAUCUGGUAUUCUUGUAAGAACUGUUGUUAUCCAUGUGGUUCUCAUGUUACAAAUGAGAUUAGGAGUAUUUAUGAAACAAGAUUUUGGAAGACUAUCAUUAUUUUUAAAUUUUUUAACUUCAAUUUGAAAACUAUAAAUAAUCCCCUUUUAUUUGUCCCAUGAGAAAAGGUUUGCAAGUUGGUUUCCUCACAUGAUCAUCAUCACAGUUCACUUUAUAAAUUUUAAGUUAUAGUUUCUUGAAAAUUUUCAGCUGUGGAUUUGGGUUUAAUGAGAAGGAAACAUAGUUUGUAUGAGCCAGAUAUUUUGUAUCACUGGCCUUUAUAUUUUAAGAGAUUGGUGCCCAAUUUACACUGCAGUGAAAUAUGUAUAAUCAUAUGAUUCCAGAUAAACUGAAUUUAUUGUCACACUUUUAGGUUCAUGCCUAUAUGAGUUCACUUCCAGAAGAAAAGGUUCCAUACAUUGACAGCAUUGGAGAAAGACACCGUAACAAACAGAUCAUAGUGCAGCUGCCUCCAUAUGACAGCGAGGCAAGAUAUUGUAAUGGCCUUACAGAUGAAGAAAAAAGGGAAUUACGAAUCUUUGUGGCAUUAAGGAAAAGAGAUGCUAUUGAUCGUGGGGUUGUGAAACAAAUCCCUGAUGUCUCAGAAGGCUACAGCUGUAGAGAGGUAAGAAAUUAUUUUGGUUCCAUAAGGGCUUUUGUUGUGAGUGAUUUUCAGAAAUUACAUGUAUCAGAACUGGCCAAAGUUGACAAUGGAAUUUUAAUUUUGUUUACAUGUGAGUGGCAUGUAUACCUGCCUAUGCAUACAUGUAUGGUACCUUCUGCAUGACUCCCCACUUGGGUGAAAUGCUUGUCCAUCACAGGGUACUCCCAAAGAAUUUUGUCCAGUUCCCCAAAAAACUCCUUAAUACCCAUCUAUUCAGCAGGGUGACAAAAUUUUUUUUCCAGAAAUGAAAGGUGAAGUCACUGUUUCUCUUUUCCUUAUUGCAGUGUGGUGAUCGUGUGGGCCCUGGAUCCAUGGCAGUGUUUGCACCAAGAGCUGGGCAAAAUACAAGUUGGCACGCUUCCUGUUUUGUUUGCUACAUUUGCAAAGAGCUCUUAGUGGAUUUGAUCUACUGCUACAAGGAUGGGCGGAUUUUCUGUGGAAGGCACCAUGCAGAGACUCUGAGGCCAAGAUGUGCAGCAUGUGAUGAGGUAAAUAAAUUUUGUGAAAUUAUGUAAAGAAAAAGUUAAAUGUACUAUGACUUUUCUUAUAUCCAACAAAAAAAUUGCAACUGGAAGGCACCAUGCAGAGACAUUAGGGCCAAGGAUGUGUUGCAUGUAAUGGGGUAAUUCAAUUUUGUGAAAUUAUAUCAAAUUAAGAGUGAGAUUCAAGAAAAAUUUUUAUAUAUCCAAGACUAGAGGAUCCCUAGGGAGUAGGUACUACUUCCUAAUUGUUAAAUGACAGCAAAAAUACUCAGUACACCAUCAUGGCUCAUUAUUCACAACUACAGAUGUCACUCCCCUGUCAUAAGAUGAUGUGUUUACUUUGUUUGAUUUUUCUUUAUUUUGCUAGAUUAUUUUUGCUGAGCAGUGCACAGAAGCUGAGGACCGAUGUUGGCAUGUAAGCCAUUUUUGUUGCUUUGAAUGUGACUGUCCACUUGGAGGUAUGCGGUACAUAAUGAAGGAAGGAAACCCAUUCUGCUGUCAUUGUUUCAAAUCAAUGAAUGCUGAAUUUUGUGAUGCCUGCGGGGAACCAAUUGACCCAGAUGCAAGUCAAAUGAUGCACAAUGGACAACACUGGCAUGCAACAGACAAUUGCUACUGUUGUUACAACUGCCGUAAGCCUCUCCUUGGACAACCUUUUCUUCCCAAGAAUGGAGAAAUAUAUUGCUCACCAGAAUGCAGUCGCCGCAUUUCAGCAGAUUUCCAAAGUCAUGAAAAAUUUCCUGACUUUCGACCAGGUUUUGAUACAAAACGUUACAAUGCUCAAGAAUUAUGCACAUCUGACCUUGGGACACUUGAGUCAGACUAUGUGACUUCAAGCAAUCACUCAGCAUCUGGGGUGUUGAGUGCUCCUUAUGAACCAAGUGUUGAUGGAGACAGUAUUGGCCACUACUCGGGAAUUUUGUCUCAACACAGAGUGGGAACAUUUGAUAGACAGCAUCAACAUGAUGACCCUGUAAGAAUUGGGGGAUUGUCUGGCAGGGUGUUUGGCCACAUUGAAACUGCAGGUUAUUCGACCGAUGUCUUUGACAGUGUGAGUGUCCAAGGAGGAAGCUAUGGGGGUUUUAGUUUUGACAAUGACAGAUACCACAGAAGGCAAAAUUUCCAGCCACUGUCAAAUGCUAGGCAAGCAGUUGAUACCUUUGACAGAGGUUACCGAGUUCAAUUAUUUGACAAGGGGAGUACCUCUGACUUUAUAAGAGCCACACCCGUGGAUGUUGAAUCUACCAAAGAUAGCAAUUAUGGGACCAUUGAGAGCAGAGACAGUAAUUGUGGAACUAAGGUUUUGUUGGACAGUCGAGAUAUAAACAAGGCUCAUAAGCAUGUCAAAGUAAAGGAGAGACAUACCUCUGGAUAUGCCUCUGACUCAAGAACAUCCAGAAAUUCUAGUAAACACACUUCUGGAUAUGCCUCGGACUCAAGAACAUCUAGAAAUUCUGGUUAUAGAUCAAAGGCGAGACAGUUGAAGUACUAUGAUAUAGAUAUUGAGGAAAAUAGUAAGAAGUAUUACUUCAGUGAAGGCGAAAAUGCACGGCCAUUGUCAAGAUCUUUGGAAAGUUUGACAUGGAAGCCAAGUUCUAUACCAGCCCCGCCCCCACGGCGCAAUCACAUCAGAACUUCUUCUGGUACAUACAUGUCAGCGAGGAAAGAACACAUGAUCAAUAGAAAUGGCUCUACUCCAAAGGAGUACAAGUCACGAGGAAACAAUCCUAGCCCAAGUAAAUCAUCUCAGUUACCUUGGGAAGAUCCAUUUGCUAAUCCAGUGGAUAAAAGCAAAUCAAAGCCUAAUAGGCGUCCAAGAAUUACCUACACUGAAGAUGGUUUCCUUGAAAAAGCCUCACCUCAGGUUGUCAAAACAGCUGACGCAGGAAAGAAAAACAAAAACAAACAUAAAAACUGCUUGGUGCAGUGAUUUAAUUAUUAAUACUUCAAGAUGGCAUAGUGUGCACUACUGAAGCUGAUGAAAUGAAGCUUGUCUUGACACAGAAUCAUUGUUGCUUACAUGUAGUUGGCUUUUCUAGAGAUGCUAAGGCAGCAUGCAAAUGUAUAUUAAAUUAAUUAUAUGCUAGAUUCAGUACUUUUGUUCUUCAAAAAGAUUUAUUGCAGUAGUAAUGCAGAUUGUUUCAACUUUUGUUAUUGUUGGAAUCAAACAAAUAGGCAUGUUAACUGCAACCUGAUUUUCAUGUUGUUUAUAUCACAGUUAUUUACAGAUCAUCUAUGUCUUAUCAUUCAGCCUCAGAAAAAAGUUUCUGGUGACUAUUUAGUGUC